UCGACGGCCUCGCUAGCAGCGAGAAAUGGUGGACGCUGUUCGCGAACAAGGCGGACCCUGGCGGCACACUCGGUGCCACGCUGGCGAUAGUCGGCGGAGGGUAUAUCAGAACUGGGGUGCCGCGGGCGGCGCGUCCAAAGACCAUGACAGCAGGAAUAUUGGAGGAAUGAUGGAGGGAAAGCGUCACGACGGGCAUCACUAAUUCAGGGAAGACCGCCCUACAGUAGCUGCUGAGCAUCCGAGGAAGCAGUGUCUCUCGAGGCAAUCGUCCGCUCAGAUUGCGAUCAGUUCAUUUAUGCAUAUUUAUAGUGAACAAGU